AUGGAACUAGAAAUCGUCAAACUCGAGCAUCUGCCCGACACCUACACCGUCCACGUCGCUCUCUUUCAGGACGUGAAAAACGCCGCAUUCCUGCACGAGCAGCUUUUGGCGCGCAACACCGACUUUGAAUACGCCUUCAUUGAUGCUUCCGUCGUCGUGUCCAGAAUACAGCUGCUUUCUGCCAUCUUCAAAGCUGCCAACGCGUCUGUUAAUGGCGCACUGCAAACUCCCAACGUACACUCUGAGACGGUCGUAUCUCUGAGCUCGUCUAAAAAUAUUGCGGAGGCCUAUCGCCGCUUCGGCAUUUCUCCCACGACCAAGGACCUUCUUGUCGCCAAAAUCACAUUUCCUACAGAAGCACAGCCAGAGCCGGCAGCAACUGAAUCAAUAGCCAAGCACCUGCGUCAAAAUAUCGAGGGCGACUAUGUGCCCGUCACGGAUGAAAACAUCACCGCUUGCACAGACAUGACCAAGGUCCGCAAAUACUACAAGAUCAACGGCAUCAACUGGCUGGACGCUCUUGAGAACACUCAAACCAAGCAACAACAAAUAGAAAGCUUGGUUCUCGGAUCCAUGGCUUUGAGGGGGGUAUAG